AUGACGGUGAAAAUACAUCAUGGGGGAAUUAUGAAGCGUACACCAGACAAGCAUUACGUUGGAGGAAUCAUGUAUUAUGUAAAUGCAGCAGAACUGAAUCUUGUUGAAUUCAAGAAGAUGGCAGAGUUAUAUGGUUAUGCGAAUGAUUCGAUAACCUUUUGGCAUCGUUGUGGAAAAUUUGGUAAUAAAUGGAAGUUGAUUGCUACAGAUUUUGAAGCAUACUUAAUGGACAAAAUGGAUUCAGUAAAUCAAUCAAACAUGGGAGAAAAUGCUAAACAGAUUUUGUAUGAAAAUUCGUCGGGUGGAAAUUUUAGUGACUCAGAAGCUAAUUUAUUAGAUGAUGUUACAAUUGAUACACAUGGGAAGAGGAACCAAAGCAUUCUAGAAGAGGGGGAGCUCCUUAGUGUUGAAAUAAAGAGAAAGAUAGCUGAUAUAGAUGGAGAUUCUGAUUGUUGUAAUUCUGAAGACACAGAGAGCUUACAUAGUGAUUUUGAAACUGAAAGUCUCAACUUUCCUCAGCAGAAUCCAAAAACCGAUGGAGAUAACCCAGUAUUAGGUCUCGAAUAUGUCUUUGAUACAAAGAUGAACUUUAAAAAUGCUGUAGCAACUCAUGAAAUUAAGAAUGGAAAGUCUAUUCAAUGGUGUAGGAAUGAUAAUUUAAGAGCGGAAGCAAUUUGCAUACAUCAUCCAGAGUGCAAAUGGAAAAUCAAGGCUUCAAAAUGCAAAGAGACAAGGCUUUCCAGAAAGUACCUCAAAGAAGUUGCAUCGAAUAGAAAUUGGAGUGUGGCAGAAUUUCGGGAUAAAGUAAGUGUCGAACUAAGAGCUCAUGUGACCUUAUCUCAAGCUAAAAGAGCUAACAUGAAAGCGAUUGCAUUAAUUGAUGGUGAUAUUAAAGAUCAAUACAAAAUGAUGUGGGAGUAUUGCAAUGAGAUUAAUAGAACAAAUUCAGGCAGCACAAUAUACAUGAAGCUUGUUGACAACGAGGUCCCUAAUGAGCCACAGAGAUUUCAAAGAAUCUAUAUCUGUUUUGCUGCUUGUAAGCUUGGCUUUAGAGCGGGUUGUAGAAAAAUAGUAGGCGUGGACGGGUGUUGGUUGAAGGGUCCAAUGUAUGGGACUCAAUUGUUAUCCGCUGUUGGCCUCGAUGCUGACAACAAUAUACUUCCUAUUGCAUAUGCGAUUGUAGAAAAGGAAAGUAAGGAGACAUGGACUUGGUUUUUAAAUUAUUUGGCUGCUGAUUUGUGUAUAGGUGAGAAUGGUUGGACGUUUAUGUUCUGUGUUAGACACCUUCAUAACAAUUUUAAAAUUGCUGGCUUUGGUGGUGUCACAUUAAAAAAAAAACUUUGGGCUGCUGCAAAGGCUAGUACUGUCAAAAGGUUUAAUGACUGUAUGAAGAAUAUUUCAAAGUUAGAUCUUGAUGCUGCUACUUGGUUAAAUGAAAAAGAACCUAGUGAAUGGUCAAGAUUGCAUUUCUCUUCAGAUGUUAAGUGUGACAUUUUGUUAAAUAAUUUGUGUGAAGUGUUUAAUAGCAUGAUACUUGAUUCUAAAGACAAGCCAAUUGUGACACUUUUGGAGAAGUUGCGGUAUCUGCUCAUGGAUAGAAUACAAGAUAAUAGAGAAAAAGCACAAAAAUAA